UCGUAAAAAUGCAACAUGGCGACCACAAUGACAGGACGUGGUAUCGCUUUUCUUAGGAACAUAUCUGGAGUGUUACAGCUCAAGGUAAGAACGCUACAGGUUCUGGGUGGCAGUCCUCAGCAGCUCUCAUGUCUCCACACCAGCUCUUCACUGGAAUCAAAAGCCUGGGAGAAGAAGAACCUGAAGGUGUAUCCACCUCAGCUGCCAGACGAACCCCGCAGACCGGCAGAGAUCCACCACAGCAGGAGGCAGAUUAAGUACAGCAAAGACAAGAUGUGGUACCUGGCCAAAAUGAUUCAAGGGCUGAGCAUCGAUGAGGCCAUUGCCCAGCUGGAGUUCAACGACAAGAAAGGCGCAAAGAUCAUGAAAGAGGUCCUUCUUGAAGCUCAGGAGAAGGCAGUCAAGAAUCACAAUGUAGAGUACAAAUCCAACCUGUAUGUAGCUGAGUCCUACUCUGGCAAAGGAAGGUACCUGAAGAGGAUCCGUUACCAUGGCCGCGGGAUGUUUGGCAUCAUGGACAAAGUUUACUGUCACUACUUCGUCAAGCUGGUGGAGGGCUCGCCGCCCAAAACAGUGGAGAAGACCAGCUUCGACCAGGCCAAACAGUACGUCCAGAACCUCAAGAGCCGAACCAUCAUCCACAGUCUAUAGAUCAUGUGACUGUUUCACAUGUACCUUUUACUGUAUGCCUCUGUGUGUGUAUGUGUCCUGUGACAUUUGUAAAUAAAAAAUGAUUGAAUGGAUAACAA